UGAAGGGAGGGUUGGGUACUCGGACCACAGGGGUGGUGGUGGUUCUAAGGGUGGUGGGAUGGAUGAGUUGUCGACCGGAGGGGAUGAGUCGGCGGCUAGAGCGAUGUCAGGGGAAGGGGAAGUGCUGACAGAGAGACCUCGGGAGGAAGGGAAAAAGAGGUCUGGUGGAGACGUUGAAGUUGGAGACUCACGUCAGACAAGGGAAGUGCUAUCUAAGAAUGUACAGCAGACAUCCGAGGAUGCACAACGGACAGAGGCUGAGGUCUCUGGGGGCAAGUGUGGAUGGCCUGAGGGCAAGAGGCGUUAUGAGGGUAUUGCGCACGCUGGGGGGGGAAGUGUGUCGCAAAAAGGGGAAGGGUUGACAGAGAGACCUUGGGAGGAAGGGAAAAAGAGGUCUGGUGGAGACGUUGAAGUUGGAGACUCACGUCAGACAAGGGAAGUGCUAUCUAAGAAUGUACAGCAGACGUCCGAGGAUGCGCACCGGACAGAGGCUGAGGUCUCUGGGGGAAAAGGUGAUGGGGGAGGCAAAGUGCCCAUGAAGGAGGAAGAAAAGCGCAAGAGGGGGCCUGGUGCCCAGGUGGAGGAAGAUGGUAGAGGGAGCAGUGCCUCGGACGAGGGUGGUGGAGGGGAUGGAGAGUCCCUUGGUGGGCAGCCACCGGGUGGGGGGAAGGUGGAGAUGAAGGGUGAAAGAGGUGCACAGUAAUGCGAGAUUAAAAACAAAUCUCGAGAGGUGAAGGUGAAGGGUGAAAGGGGUGAGAAGUACUGCGAGAUUAGAAACAAAUCUCGAGGAGUGAUGGUGCAGGGUGAAAGGGGUGAAAAAUAUUACGAGAUUGAAGAGAAUCUCGAGGAGUGAUGGUGCAGGGUGAAGGAGGUCCCAGGUAUUGUGAUGACGAAAGGAAAUAUCGCGGACAGAAGGGAAGAAAGCAGAGCCCAGGACCGGGAUCAAAACAGAAUCUCGGGGAGGCUGAAAUAAAGCGAAAGCAAUCAUCACGCGAGAGCAUCGAAGACGACUCGGAGGGUGGGAUUGUUGAGGAGGAGGGGGGCCGAUCGGUGGUGCACAACACCGAGGGUGAUGGCCUGGCGACGGGGAUAGUCUCGUCCAACCACGGGAUUUUCCAGAAGUAGGGGUGCCGAACACGCCCCCUUCGUCAGAUCAAACGAAGUCUAGCAUUGGCAGAAUGGGAAAUGUUACUGACAAUGCAACACCAGCGGGGAAUGCGUUAAACACUCAAAGGAAGGAAACACGCAAGGCAAAUUCUCCGAGAACAGUGAGGUGUCCGCUGUAUCCUCAAGCGGAACACACAGUUGGUCGAAAUGGAGCCAAAAAGGGGUCGAUUAAUAGGGACACUAGAAAGGAAAAAAGCGUUACCGUUGAUCGUG